ACUGAUGCGCGAGCUCAAACCUCCCAUAGUGACAAAGUUUAUGCUCUUGUUUUCUUCACAUUAUUUAUAGAAAUUAGAGGAAGAUAAAUACUACUCGCAGAGUUUCUUAAGUUGCCCUUGAGAUUUGAUUGUGAUGUGGAAUUAACGCAUGAGAGAAUAUAAUUUCUUACUUUUGGAAUAAUUGUCUUCGUGGUAUUUUCCGUCAUCAAGGCAAAACAGCGCUGCUUACUGCAGCUGAUACAUGAAGUGAUACAGGUAUGUGAAUCUGUAUGAAUCCCCAUCAUGCUACUGAAGAUUCUUCCUCUAUUGGAAGUCAUUGUUGCAGUACUAUCCCUAUUCAUUCACACAAGUGCAGCUGAAGCCCACGUCCGUGCAAAGAAAGGGGACACUGCUGUGCUGACAUGCAGUCUACCAGCCCCGGACAAGGGCAGUACUGCCCCUCAGCAUGUCAUAGAGUGGGUGCGUCAGGACUACGAUAUCCCCAUCCUCAUGCACUUUGGAGUGAACAAUCUUCGAGUGCAUCCCAACUAUGAUGGUCGAGUGUCACUUAUCAAGGAGACAUCACUGCAGAUCACAGGGCUUUUACUUGAGGAUGAUGGCUGGUAUGAGUGCCGGAUCCUCCCGCUCGACAAAACCACAGAUGAAGCUGAAAGCAAGGGGAGCUGGACUCUACUCUUUGUUUCAGCACCUCCUGUGCUUAUGGAAACCUCACCUCCUGACAUUGAAGUAUUUGUAGGAAGAUCAGUUACCCUGAAGUGUGCUGCCCGGGGGAAUCCACGGCCUACAAUAUCCUGGUCUAAAGAUGGAGGACCAAUACAACCUCAAAACAGAGUAAAGAUCAUGAAUGGAAGUGUAUCUUUCCAGGCUGUGAGCAGAGAAACAUCAGGCCAAUAUCAGUGUCACGCAUCCAACACUGAAGGAACUGUAACUCACAUCACAAAGGUCAAAGUCAUCGGCCCUCCAGUGAUCGUAAUCCCUCCAACCGACACUGUUCUCAACAUGUCCCAGGAUGCCAAGUUGAAUUGCCAGGCUGAGGCUGACCCACCCAACAUGACCUAUGUGUGGCAAAGACAAGGAGAAGACAUUCACCACAUUGAGUCUCUGAAGUCUCGUGUUAAGAUCAUAGUGGACGGUACACUACUCAUAUCACGUUUGACUCCAGCGGAUUCAGGGAACUACACCUGCAUGCCCACUAAUGGACUUCAUGUGUCCCCCUCUGCCUCAGCCAUACUUACUGUGCAGCACCCAGCACAGGUGAUGCAGAUGCCCAGUCUGACCUUCCUCCCAACUGGCAUGAGGGGUGUCAUUGCGUGCCCCGUCAGAGCUGAACCACCAUUAUCACAUGUAGACUGGAUCAAAGAUGGCAAACCGCUCGACUUAGACAUGUAUCCUGGAUGGACACUGACCUCAGAAGGCUCUAUCGUCAUAGCAACAGCUAAUGAUGACGCUGCAGGUGUAUAUGUGUGUACACCCUACAAUAGCUUUGGGACAAUGGGCCAGUCUGAGCCCAGCACUGUUAUACUAGAGGAUCCUCCGUCAUUUAAAGUUUCACCUCGUAAGGAGUACAGACAGGAAGUGGGGAGAAUGCUUGUUAUUCCAUGCCAGAUGGAUGGUAGCCCUGCUCCAAAAGUCAGCUGGAAAAAGGUUGGUACAGCCUCUCGCUCACUGUUCACUGUCGCAGUGAAUGGCUCCCUCAUUUUACAUCCUCUCAGUAAGGACCACCAGGGGGAGUGGGAGUGCAGCUCCACCAACCGAGUGGCUUCUGUUUCCUUCAGAACAAUGGUCUUUGUGCUCGGUACAAGUCCUCAUGCAGUGUCUUCAGUAUCUGUGAUCCCAGGAAUUAACCAAGUCAAUGUCUCCUGGGUGGCUGGCUUUGAUGGAGGAUAUACCCAGAAAUUCACCGUCUGGUAUAAGCAGGUGUCAGCAGUAAGGCUAGAGGAAAAGCAAGAGUGGUUGUCUUUCUCAGACCUCUCUGCUGAGAAUAGUCUGUUGGUCACCAAUCUUCUUCCUGCCACUGAGUACCAGUUCAGUGUCAUGGCUCAAAACAAAAUUGGCACUGGACCCUUCAGUGAGAUCACCACCAUCACAACUAUGGAUGCACGUCCUGUUGUGGCCAAGCUGGAACCCCCUACAAAUCUCUCAGUCAAUAAGAGUUCAGAGGGAAUUCUUCUGUGGUGGUCAGCACCCCAGUCCCAGUCUCCACCCAUUGACAGUUUUAUCAUACAGUCACGCCUUGAGGGUGGGGAAUGGGUUAAUCUGAAAGAGGACAUUAGCCCAGUUGAGAGUCAGAUCUUUCUUCAGGGGUUAUGUAAGGACUGCAAGUAUGAACUGAGGCUUCUUUCUCGGCAUGGAGAUCAGCUGAGCAUGCCCGGUCCAUCAAUCAGUGUCUCCACCAUCGGAAUGAAUACGCACCCAGCCAGUUCCCGCCGGCUAAUGGCUGGUGUCAUAGGUGGAGUGGGACUACUUUGCCUUGCCCUUAUCCUGACCCUGGCAAUAGUUUGUUUAAUUUUUUACAAAAGGGGCCGAAGGCGCAGGCAGAAUAUCAAGGAUCUCCCUCCUGCCGUAAAAAACAACCCUUCUGUUAACCAUGACAACACCCUGAAGCAAAGGCUCCUACCAGCUCGUCCAGUCUCCUACACUUCCUCCUCUUCCAAUCACUCCUCCCUUGACAAGUCCGGUGGCAGUGAUUGUCAUGCCCACCACCAACAUUUCCUGCCUCAAUCUAAUCCUCCAUCCCACCAUUCCCUCCCCGAGAGCCAUCUCCAACGGGCAUCGCUUGCCCCUGUGUCCUCUGUGGAGUUCAUCCACAGAGGCCCAGAUGGACGCUUUAUUGUCCAUGCUCUUGAAGAUGACAACAUUGUCAGUUCUCAGAUUAAGAGAAACCAAAGUCAAAACUCCUAUCGGUCAUCAGAUGGAAACAGCAGCUUCAAAAUUCAGAAAUCCCAGUCUUUGAGAUCCUACAUAGAUGAAAGAAAAAAGCCACCCUUUGUCCUUUCGGUGGAUCUUCCACCAUUUAGAUCAGAUAUUCCUUCUUCCAGUAGAACACAAGCUAUGGCUAAGCACCUUUCGUUAAAUGGCCAUUACAUGCCCAUUUGGGAGCAAGAGAUCUUGAAUGGACCAGACCAGACAAGUCUUUCGUCUGAUGGCAGUGACUAUUUUCUCUAUCCCCACUCAGAAAGUACUCUGGGUCAACGGUCCUUGAAACAAGGUACCAACCACUCUGCGGCCAGUACCCUCGUUUUGCAGAUGGAGCAUGAGAGGGAACAAGGAAACUUAAGUCGCUGUUUGACUUUGGCUCGUGAGAGAGAGGAGCUUGAAAGAGAACUGCGCAAGUUCACUGUUGAUCGAAAUCCAUCAGAUACUGAGACAGAUAAUGAGUAUGGUAAAGUCUGGAAAAGUCAAGAGACUUCAACACCUCGGAUUAACUACCAAGCCAUAAGACAAGGCAUUUUAUCUGAGAAAACCAGCAUUUUGAAGGGAAGAGCUGCCUCUUGCAUUCCGUGGGAAGAAAGACACAGGAUUUCUUCUGCAAGCUUGGUACCCCUACAUACCUCUAAUGGAAAGGAUAGCAAGUAUAGGCAGAAUCAACAAGGUUAUCAUACCAUCCAGAGAUCCAACUACCAACGGUCUCGAAGUCUAGACAGAGGGCAACACCAAAAAUCCCAAACAUGGGACCGAAGACGAAGCAGGACGCCCGUUGAUUCAAGUUUUGGUCGUGUAAUGGAUGAACCCUUAAACUACAAUUUGGGCAAGACCCAAACUGCUGUAGAAAAUAGAGCCCAUAUGACUUCUAGCAGAAAGCAACAAUAUUUUGACUCGCAUUUUUGUACAUCCUUAGAUGAUCAGCGGGAGCGGGCCAUAGAAAGAAGCACUAGACAGAUUAUUCCAAUUACUGAUAAUUCCGAGAUGAGUGUGGAUGGACCUGAUCUUGAGAGCCAGUCUCCUUAUUCAAGGUCCAUACAGCGGUUGGACCACAGUUAUGAGACUCUAGACUAUGACAGACCCAAGUUAUCAGAGCUUGAAAAGGACAGAUCAGAAGAGUCAGGACAUGUGAGAACAAGAAACCAGGAGAAGUGGAACAAUUGGUCAAGCAAAACCGUAUCUACAUUAAAUGUCUCUGGAACAAUGCCUAGGAAGACAAAGACCCAUGGGCCAAACAAUUGGAAUCGGCACAAGAGCAUGCAUAGUUUAGACUCUAAAUUAUUCAAGGACCAUUUUUUGGCCCCUGAUGCUUGGGUAGAUUCGCUGACACGUAGUCAAGAUUCUACAAUGUCCCCCUUUCCGUGCAGACCCAACUCUGUGGCAGAUAAGCCUAAAGGUAGUCCCAAAUUGCAAACAGAUUCAUCUGUGGCUUCAGAAAGUCAAACACAAAAUCAACAUCUUCAGGCCUCUGAAUCUCAUGAUGGCUCCAUCAUUGACUCACAAUCCAGCAAAAACCUAGGAUCAGGACAUAGCACCCAUACUGCUUUAUUAUCUCCAGGGGGUUCUAGCUGGCCUCUGUCUUAUGGCCCCUCUCUGUCAGCCUUGCCAUCUGGAAGACAGAGCCAGAGCCAAGAGGUGGAAAGAGGGGAGGAAGUUGAAAAUGGGCAGGAGGUGGAUGUGGAAAUUAACAGAUACAGGAAGAGUUCAGAGACGGAGGGAAGUUAUAGAAGUUAUGCAAGCCAAAGCAGUGGCAGAGGCAGCAUGGAUGCCCCUAACAGCAGGCAGUUAUCUCUCAGCCCCCCUCUCACCAGCUCUCCAGAGACCACAGAGGACAGUGACAGAGAUGAGGCGGCUCUACAUGGGCCUGAAAGAUCUAGAAGAGGCUCUGUGGAUGAGAUUUAUGAGUGGGACUCUACUUAUAUCCAAAUGCAUCCUGUGGAUGCCAAAGUGUCCAUGAGCAAAGCAGGUCUACGAAGAGAUCUUCAGGGUCAAGGGAAGCUGGGCAGAACUACCAAAGAUCAUGGCAUGCCAGAUGCAGACCUGAAACAAAAAAGUCUUUACCCUCUGGCUGGUUUGAAGGAAUCGGUUCCACUCUUUGAACAUCCCAGUAUUCUUCCUCCCCACUGUGAGCAAGAAUCAGUCCUUGCUCAUGAGAUUCGGAAGAGCUUCACAUCAUUCCCAAACCCAGAGCCCAACACUGUGCUUUUCUGAUCAUUAACAGUAGGUACACCAUUCAUCCUGAUCAGCCUGCACUGUUUUCAUAUUAGCCCCUAGACUAUUAUUAAGUAGUCCGAAAUUGUGUUGAUACACCUAAGAUGUUUAGAUUUGUUUGUCAAAACUGUAGCCAAAUGUUUGUAUGUUCUCAAAUUUGCAUUGGACACAGCAUGGUUCCCCUCAACACAGAUCUUAAUGGUCAGAAUAAAAGGUGACAUGGGUUGUCACAAUUAAUUAGACGUCUCGGGACCACUCAAGCACACUGGAACCUAAGAACACGCACUGCUAUGUCCGACUAAUGGACAUUACAUUAACUGUAGGAUGGGCCAGACCCCAUUGAAGAGAAAUGUAGUCUAAAAAUAUGAUGUGCUGGAGUUCAAAAUCAAAGUGGAAUAAAUAAUACAGGACUCUCUGCACCCCUGCUGUUGCUGAUGAAACUGAAUUUGAAUUAAAACAUGUUAAAGCUGUUACAAUGAGCCCCUUUCAAAUUUGAUUUUUGAAGUUUGAUUGUUCUUUAAUUCCUAUUUUGACAGAAAGAGCACAUUAUGAUUUAAAAACCUCACCAAAGCCUUUUUAUGCACGGUUAUAGGGAUAUUUUAUCAUGUGAAACAGGAUGCUGAAAAAAGUAUCAUUUUUAGCUAUACCUUCAAGUUGUCAAGCAAAUUGGAGAUGCAUUUAAAUGUGAUUGGAGUAAUGCUUUUGCAGAAAUGACAAUCAUUGGUCCUCCUUGCAUUCAUGCAGCAUCCACUCAUACCUACCUCAUACAUGGAGGAAGCUAAUAAACAGAUUCUCUUUUAGAUUGCCACUGAAGAAAUGGUUCAGGUCACGGUUAAUUACGCAUCACUGUGCUCUGUAGUCUGGCCGCUAAUAAGUCUGCCAAUGCAAAUUUACAUUUACAAACAGAGCAUUUACAACUGUUUACAGUUUAACCAAUCAUUUCACAGCUCCACUUUUUUUUUAAAUAAUCAAAACAUUUUAGAGCAAUUAAAUUCUACUUGAUAUGCUUUUAUUGGUCAGAAUGCUAGAAAACACAUACAGUAUAUAGCACAUACAAUAAUUGCACUGACAUAAAUUCCGCUAGUCUUAAUUUUCUGCCAGUGUGGAAUGUCUUUGCAUCUACUGCCUACGGAGAAAAUGCAUUGAUUAUGGUAUCUUUCCAAAUACGUCUAUAUGUAAUUAAUUUCUAUCUUUUAGCUUUUUAAUUAAAGCCUAUUUAAACAAGACUUUACAAAUAAAGGUCCUUUUCUUUGUAGAAAAUGAGGAUUGGUCCAAUUGUUUGCAACCCUAUUAUUAUGUUUUUGGAAACAAUUUGUACUUACAUUUUUGUUAUUUUAUCAAAUUAUGUGUUUUAUUUCAUGUAUGUGGAUUUAUAUAUUGAUUAAAGAGAACAAAAUAUAUUUUUUUUUUGUUGGUGUGUAGAUACUACAAAGCCAAAAGUGAGUUGGGUUCUUCUAUUUCCACUAGGAUGUGCUGCACUUUCACAAAUAGCCU